UAUGUAUACUAGUAAAAAGUAAAACGACCAACAACCUCCAGCACAACACAACGUUUUUAAUGUGUACUGAUAUCUAAGUACGGUAGUGUUACAAGUAACGAGUUAAGUUAUAAAUAAAUGAUAUAAAAAUGUAAAAUUUCGUAUUUACAGAUUUAUAUUUUAUUUAAUUAAUAAUAAAGUGUAAUAAUUAGUGCGUGUGUAUUUAUAUAUAUGUUAAACUCGGAGUAUCGCGCGCGCGUGUUGUGUUUUGUGUUACGGCGGCUGUGGCAGCGGUCACGACGCCGCUGGUGUUUUUGUGUUGUCUUACGUCCACCAAGAUGAAGUCCGACUCAAAAUCUUUGUUGACAGCUCAAGCGGAAAAGGCGAAUCAUUACACAUACUUGAAGGAAUUUCGUGUCGAACAAUGUCCACUGUUUAUACAGCGAAAGUGCACACAGCAUCGGCCAUUCACGUGCUUCAACUGGCACUUUAUGAACCAGCGAAGACGCAGGCCAGUGAGAAAACGGGACCGCACCUUCAACUACAGCGCGGACAAUUACUGCACAAAGUACGACGAGACUACCGGCAUAUGUCCCGACGGCGACGAGUGCCCAUUUUUACAUCGAACAGCCGGAGAUACAGAGCGCCGUUAUCAUCUACGGUAUUACAAGACCUGUAUGUGUGUACAUGACACAGACACCAGAGGAUUUUGUGUUAAAAAUGGACCUCAUUGUGCUUUCGCACACGGGAAUCAUGAUCUACGUCCGCCGGUAUACGAUAUCAAAGAGAUUCAAGCGCUGGAAAAUCCCGACUCCGAUCCAAAUUCAUCCUCAAAUGGACCGAACAUUCUGGAUAAAGAGCGUAACUUGAUGAAUGAAGAUCCUAAAUGGCAAGACACUAAUUAUGUGCUCAGUAAUUACAAGACUGAGCCGUGUAAAAGACCGCCACGAUUAUGCAGACAGGGAUACGCGUGUCCUCAAUACCACAAUAGCAAAGACAAAAGACGUAGCCCACGUAAAUCAAAGUACCGGUCAACUCCUUGUCCUAAUGUCAAACACGGGGAAGAGUGGGGCGAGCCAGGUAAUUGUGACCAAGGAGACAACUGCAUGUACUGUCACACUCGUACAGAGCAACAGUUUCAUCCGGAAAUUUAUAAAUCAACAAAGUGUAAUGAUGUACAGCAAGCUGGUUAUUGUCCUCGUGGCGUCUUCUGUGCAUUUGCACACGUUGACCGUGAGUUUACUCUCAUAAAUCUAUUGCCAACAGAAGACAUGGGCCUCGCACGGGAUAUGGCUGUUCCAAUUGAUUGCGGUACCAAUUUGGCAGAUCUACUCAGCAAUGCUCUACCUCCGGACAAGCGGUCACUCGACAAAGACAAACAACUCAGCGACAGCAGUUUCCUGGGAUUACAGAAUGGAAGCGGUGAAGUGUCAGAAUCAGCAAGUACAAGUAGUCUUGGUAGUAAUAAUUCACACAGUAAAGCACCUGGUGCACAAUUACAUAAUUCCAGUACAAAUUCAACAAAUAAUUCGAAUCAGCAUAAAUUAUCCAGUAUGCUAUUUAAUCCUAAUUCUUUUUUACAACUUCAUGAGUUACGAAAGCAAGUAGUAGCAAUAGAAAACGAUCCAAUAUUAACAAAAUCUGAAAAAUUACAACGUAAACAAAGUCUUGUGUUGGCUUAUAAUUUAAACGGUUCAUUGGGACACUCGUUAGCGUCAACGGUAUCACCACUUUCAAGUAGUUCAUUUUACCCAAAUGAUACUGUUGAAUCAGUAGUAGGGAACGCAUUGGACGAAUUGCAUUUAGACGACCCAUUAAAUCUAGUAGACUCGAUGCACCGAGACACCAGUUCUCCAAUAAGCAAUUCAAUAUCUGCGGGUCUCGCGAGCUCCGGAUUACUCGGUAGUUCCGCGCCAGUUAAUAUUCCCGGUAUGGCUGAGCGCUCGGUUUUAUCAAAUUUUUCACCUUCUACGUCCAGUCCACUACAGCAUUUACAAUCCGCUGGAUUUUUAACUGGAUCAAGAUUUUCCCAUCAAGAUCCAAUUGAAUCUACGAUGCCAUUUUUAAGUCAUUCAGUAUCAGAUCCAUUUUCUAAUCAUAUAUCUCAGUUAAGUAGCUCGACAUCAAAACUCAGCGGUUUCAAUAGUAGUCUAUUUGAUUUCGCAAAUCAAGGAUUAUCGCCAUCGCGUACGCAGCCAUUAGGAGCAUCACCACUUGUUAAUGCAUUUUCAAUAAGCCCUAGCAAUUCCGGAUCACUGUCAGAGUUGCAGGUUCAGAGGUUGAGAGAAGAGUUGACUUCAAGUCGCGCACAACUGGCUACUUGGGAUGAGAGGAUAAAUCAAGCACGUGCCGCUUGCUCGGCUUGGCAAUUGGAGAGUGAAGAGGCUAAAAGAAAAGCGUCAGUUGCGGAGCAACAGCGAGAUGAGGCACUGAUGCAAGUAAAAGCACUGAAAAAUGAGAAUGAAGCAGCUUCCUCAAGUGGCAGUUCACAUAUUCAUUCAAUGAAACGUAUUAAUAAUGAGCUAAGAAAUUUGUCAAUAGGCACAUUGAAAUCCAUUCAGUCACAGCUACGUCAAGAGCUCGAGGAAGUUGAAAAAGUAUUGUAUCGAGAAACCGCGACCAAGUGUAUGGUUUGUGAGGAACAAAACCGUGCGGUGACUCUGUCACCAUGCAAUCAUUAUGUCGUAUGUUCAACGUGUGCUCCAAAUCAACGCGAGUGUCCAUACUGCCAGACCCCCGUUGUCUCAACCAGUUAAAUCCACUUAUCACCACUACACUUAUUAUCCUCAUCGUCAUCAUCAUUACUAUUGUAAUUUUCUUCAAUACAUUCUUCUCAGUACUGUCACCACUAGUGUAGCAGUACAAUAACAAAAAAAAAGUAAUAACAAGUUCGCGCCGUCAAUUGAAACAAGUGUGACUAAAAUACUGUUAUGAUUUAGUUUCGCUUAUUUAAUUUAACGCGAAUAUGAAUUUAUUAAAUGUGACAAACACUUGCGCUGUCAUUUGCGGAAUCGUAAGUCAGUUGAUUAAAAAUAAACAGUGACAAGAGGCUUAAAAACAUUUGUUUAAGUCAUCAUUUUUAUAAUUUUUUAUUUACUUUCAAUUGACAUCUGACUAAUUGAGGCUGUCAGAUUUUUUUUUUUUUUUCUAACGAGACCAAGUCUCAGUGAAGUUUAAUGUGCUAAUUAAAAUAAAAGUAAAAGUAAAUUUUAAAUUCUUAGGAAUUGAUUAAAUAAAAAGAAGUAUAUAUAUGAGUGUAUAUUUAAAAAAAACUUGCACACUGACACAAUAAUCAGUACAAUGAUAAUAGUCUGAUGGUUAAUUUUUUGAAUGGAAAAUAAAUGAUAAUAAUGAUAAUUAAUUAUUAUAAUAAUAAUUAAUAAUUUAAAACGCAACAAAAAAGUUUAAGAAAUUGUUAUCGAUAGAUUAAGCCGUAAGAUGUUUCGGUAUUUAUAAUAAUAAUAAUAAUAAUAAAUAAUAAAUAAUUACACAGUCAUGUUUUCAUAAGAAAACACCUCAUGUUACGUGCAGAUUUAUCAAACUAAUUAGAUUUAAGUAGUAAUUUCUUAAAGUAUUAACACAUUAAUUUUUUUACUCAACGGUACAAGGGGUUUUACGUAAAUCAAUAAUGAUUUGUUUAUUUUAAUAGCUUUUUUUUUAUCACAAUUACUAUAUUUUCUUAUAUUAAUAUUUAAUAAUAAUAAUAAUAAAUAAUAUUUUAGAUAGGUUUUUAAAUUCAAAUAAAUAACUACAUUUUUAAUUUAAUAAUUAACUCAUUACUAUACUAUAUAUUUAUCAAUUUAAUUUUUUCUUUACUUGUUUGUUUGUCUUGAAUGUUUCAAUUAUCUAUGAGUUUAUAAUUAUAAUUAUUUUUAAAAUUUCAAUAUAAGAAUAAUUUUUUUUUAAUAGGAAUAAAUUGAAUUUGAAUUGAUAGUUAGUGUAAAGAAUAAAUUAGGGUGUGGUUUAGCAAAAAAAAAAAUUGUGCACAUUUAAUAGUAAGUCUUAAAAUGUAACUAUAAUUUAUUAGUUAAUUAAUAUUUGUUUUAAAUAAAUAAUAAAAAAAGGCGGGUGUUUAGAAUUUUUAAAUUUAAAAAAUCAAAAAUAAUAAAUUAAUACAAUGAACUGAUAAUAAAUAUAUAAUAAUUAUAUUUUUUCAAUUAAUAUAACGGCUAUUGAAACAUCUUACGAUUUAAUUUAUUUUAUAACAAUGAUACUGAUAUGAAUUAAAAAUAAUAAUAAUAAUAAUUAAUAGAACUGCGGAUAUUUUUAACGAGAACUUACCUCGCUUGUUUGAAUAAAUUAAUAUUUACUAUACUAAUUAAUAGGAAGGGAAAAAUAAAUUAAGUGGUAUCAAGAAAUACUAGAAACAAAAUGAUAUAUAUAUGAAAUUAAUAAUAAUAAUAAAUGAGUAAAAGUAUGGAGGAAUAAAAUAAUUUUGAAAAUCCAGUUGUUAACCACUACGAUAAAAAAAAAUAAAAUAUUGAAAUGAAUAUUAAUAAAUUAAUUACAAAUGAAUAUUGAUUAAGGUAUAUUUAAAUAAUUAGCAUAGAUAGGAACGUUAUUAUCAAAUUUUUUCCUCAUAGACAUUUAAUGUUACAACAAAUUUUAAUAAAAAAAAAUAUAAAAUAAAAUAAAAAUACAAAAAAAGUAUUAAAAAAAAAAAAAUUGAAAAAAAACAAACAAAGAUAAAUAUUAUUUAAUUAAUGUUCAGCAAUUUAUUGAUAUAUAAAAGCAAAAUUAUUUUUUAGUCUAUAAUACCCGCAAAAAUUCAAGUUGGUAAAAUUUUAUUUUUUUAUUGUACUAUAAUUUUUUUAAAAAAUAUAAUAAAGUAAAGCUUGAGAUCUUUAAAAAUAAAUAGGUAUAUAAAAUAAAUUGAGUCUGUCAACUGACAAAAUAUUGCCAUUUUAGGAGUUAAUAAUUAAAGAAAAUAAAAAAAAAAAAUAGAGGGUAUUAUAAUAGAUAGAGUCUAUGAAAUUAUUAAAAAAAAUGUUUUCUUUCUUAUUUAAUUACAAUUGUAUUUAAAAUACGAGGCCAAAAAAAAAUAAAAGAUUUUAUUAGGUCAUUUUAAAUUUAUAAAUCGAGUUUUAAAUAUUUAAAUAUAUAGGCUUUAAACAAAAUAAAUUUUUUAUUUUCUGUGGUAUUGACGGUUCGGCGGUUUUAUUAAAUAUCACCGUCAUUUAAAUUUUAAAUUUUGCAUUGUUUAUUCUAUCAUUCAGUUUAUUAAAUAACAAUUAUAUUUUAAAUAAUAAACAAUAGUUUUUUAAAGAUAUAUAUUUUUAAAUUUAUAAAUGAAUUAUUUUAUUAUAUUAUAUUAUUAAAAAAUAAAUUAGGGUACAGUACCCGAUGGCUAGUCCUCUCAGUAUCCUGCCCUCUGUAUAUUUUAUGUAAAACAAUUAUUUAUUUUAUUAAUUACAUGGAUUAAUUGUAAAACUUCUGGGAAGAAAAAUAUUUUUUCCCAGUAGUUAUUUCCAUUCUACUAAAUUAUGGUUUUUAAAAAAAAUCAAGGAGAGUCAAUAUGAUAUUUUAUUAAUAAUUAUAAGCAUAAUGAUGCUGCUUAAAUACUUUAUAAUUUUAAAAUUAAAAAUUCAAAUUUUUAUGUGACAUUUAUCCAGAAAAAAAAGAUUUCUUGACGCAUUUUUUUUAUUGUCUCAAAAAAUUUCUAUUUUAAUUUUUAAUGCAAAAAAUUUCUUGGGAUAAAUAAAAAUUUUUUGCGCCAAGAAAUCCUUUUUUCUGUGAAAGGCAGAGGUAUCGUUUCCGGUCGGUUUUUGACAUUUGAAAAAUCAUAAUAAUUUAAUUUGUUGAAUAUGCAAUCACAUAAUUAAUUUUCUAAAAUUUUUAUCACACUCUUGUAAUAGAAGUUCUUUUUACACUUUUUCAUAAAUAAAAAAAAAAGUAUCAAAUGUCUAAAAUGGAGCAGUUCCGCAAAUUCUACUUCUACCCUUAAUUAAAAAAAAAAAAAAAGUGGAGCUGAGAGGUAGUUUACCCUAAUAAAAAAAAAAAAAAUGUAACCGUAAAUACCAUAGACUCAUAUUUACAAAAUGAAGCAAAUAACAGCAAAACACUAUUUAGGAGUUAACCAAUUCAACACUAUGACAAUAAAUUAUUUAAAAUCAAUUUAAAAAAAAAGUAAAUAAUUGUCAUAAGUGUUUAUUUAGCGUCUUUACAAGUACAGCCUUCCCAAUAACAGAGUAUUAAAAGUAAUAAAAUAAUAAUAAUAAUAAUAAUAAUAAAAUGAAUAUUAAAUAAACAAAUAAACGUUAGUGAGAAUUGUAACCAAGUGAUUAUAUUGUGAAUAGAUAACCCAGACAGACCCGUCCUAGGUUUUAAAUGCUGUACUUGUAAAGACAUUUAUUACAUUAGUUCAUCAUGAUUGUGAUUAUUUUUUUAAAUUAAUAGUAAUAAACUUUUAAAAGUUAAUUGUAUAAUUAAAUAAAGAACAAUAAAUAAACUGUAAUUUUAUAAAUUUUACGGGCCUAUUUAAAAAUAUAAACUUGUGUCACAAUCACGAUGAACGUAACGAGGAUUUAUUCCUUGACGUUACAAAUAUAUAUUUAAAAAUAAACAAUGAAAACUUGUAAUGUUAUUUUACUUAUUAAUAAUAUGAUAAUAGGAAUAUAUAAAAUAAAAUAAUGAUGAAAUAAAAUUUUUAGAUUUAAUAAAUAAAUAAAUAAAUUUAUAAAUAUAGAAUAAUAGGUGAAUAACAAAGUGAUUGAUUAUUGUAGCGAUUUAUAAAUCAAGUCAGUUAUUUUUAAAAAUAAUACAGUUGUAACAUUGUCACAGAUUACUGCCCCACUUGUUGGUUCAUUUUUAUUAUUUUAUUUUUAUAUGUUUAUAUCUACACAUUAUUUUUUUUCUAUCGACUACAAAAGGGUCAUCAUCACAAUGAUGCAUUUUCAUUUUUACUGUUUCGAAAAUAUUAAAAAUUAAAUACGUACUAUUCAAUUACAUUUUAAAUAACAAUAAUAAUAAUAAUCAUGAUUUUUUAAAUUAAAAACUCUUAAUUAAACACAUGAAAUUUUAAAGACUUAUUUAAUUAUAAAUUUAAAAAAAAAGUGUCGAGUUUAAAGUAGAAUCUCAAAUCAAAAUAAAAUACUUUGUGAAAAUACACGUACAGCACAAGGUUAUUUAAUCAUUUAAAUAAAUAGUAUAUUUUUGCUUCAAGACUCUACAUAUAUAUGUAUAUUAUAGCAAGAUUAUUAUUAUUAUUAUUAUAAACCCUAGCGGAUCUCAAUUACGGUAAUUACCAGAAUUUACGGUAUUCAGAACAAUUACCGUAAAAUCCGGUAAUUUACUGCAAAAUUACGACAAUGCUACGGUAUUUUACAAGAAAAGUGCAGUAUUUUGCCGCAAAUUUGCGGUAUUUUGCGGUAGUUUCCGGUUAUUCUUAUUAAAACCAUCAAUUGCGGUAUUUUUGCCGCAGUGUGCCGUAUUUUACCGCAAAUUACCGUAAGAUGCAGCAAAUUACGGUAAUUUACGGUAGUUUCCGGUUAUUCUUAUAAAUACCAUCAAUUGCGGUAUUUUUGCCGUAUUUUACCGCAAAUUACCGUGAGAUGCAGCAAAUUUACAGUAAAUUACGGUAUUUUACGGUAGUUUCCGGUUAUUCUUUUGAAUACCAUCAAUUGCGGUAUUUUUGCCGUAUUUUACCGCAAAUUACCGUAAGAUGCAGCAAAUUUACAGUAAAUUACGGUAUUUUACGGUAGUUUCCCGUAAUUUAGAUCCGCUAGUAAAUUUUCAAAGCUAAAUACAUCAGACUAAUGACCAAAUUUAUAAAUAAUCAAGAAAAAUUAAAGAAAAUAUUUUUUAAUAUAAAUAACACUUUUUUAAUGAUGCACAAAUAACCAACAAUAGGGCAGGCCAAAUUAAUCUUAAUAUACAUUACAAAAUAAAAUAUAUUUUUGACAAAUUAUAAUAUUAAUAAUAAUAAUAAUAAUAAUAAUAGAAAGCAUACUCGAAAAGUAUAAACGCUUUACACAAUCUGUUCGUGCAAAUGAUUCUUCUCUGCAUUUAUAAUAAUAAUAAUAUUAAUAAUAAUGAAUAAAUUCAACAUUUACGUGAAUAUUUAAUAACAAUAUAAUUUUUAUGAAUUUAUUAUUAAUAAAGUAAAUAAAUAAAAAUUAUAAAUAAGUACAUUAUUGAAGAAUUAUCUGCACACAGACAAAAGAUAUCUACACAUAAUCACUAGACUAUUGUAUGAUGAUUAUUUAAUACAAACUGAAUACGUAAAUAAUUAUAAGUAUUAUUUAGUUUGAUUUAUGAAUUUACAAAUAUUUAAAUUUUAAUUAUUAAAGUAUAAUGCGUUGGGUUAAAUUUGAAUUUUUUUUAAAAAAAUGAUAAUAAAAAUAUUUCGAGAUUGAGGAAAUAAAUUUUGACGGCUAUACAGAUUUAUUAACUUAAAUAAUAUUAUAAAUAUCUCAGGCUACCUGAAGCUUAAUUACCAGAUACGAAAAUAACGUUCAAGUUAUUGGCGAAUUUUAAUUAAAUCUAUGUGGUGAGCACGUUUUAUUGUGUCAUUCAAUAUUUAUAUUUAAGUUUUUUUUUUUUUUUAUUACGUGGCAAAAUGUAUACGUCAAUUUAUAAAUAUUUAUUCAACUAAACUAAGAGAAAUAACGUAAUAGCUGUGCGAAGUAAAUUAAUAAAACGCGAUAUUGUCAGGAUUUAUUAUACUUUUUAUUUCACGAUUGAAUUCAAAUGCGAGCUAUAAGAAAGAAAAAAAUUAUAAUUAAUUUAAUUUAUCCGUCUAAAAGAUUUAUUAUGGAAAUUUGAAAAUUUACAACAGAGUAAAAAAUUUAAAACCAAAAAUACUUAAUCUGUAAUUUAAUGUAAAGUAUUUUGAUUUUUUAUAUGGAAAGAUUUCGAUUUUUUUUUUUUCGAACAUUUUUCCAUGUUUACAGAAACGUCAAAAAUUUUUUCAAUUGACCAAAAGUUAAAAAAAAAUUUAAAAAUAAUAAUUGAGAUGAAAAUCGUAUUUUUUUUAUGAUCCUGAAGUUAGCAGAUAAUUAAAAAUUUUUGGAUUUCUUUUUCAACAAAUCAAUCAGAAAAAAAAAACAAAAAUAAAAAUAUGGACUUGUAGAGAAUUUAAAAAACUACAAAUGCAAUUUAAAAAAAAUUUUUUUUUUAUAAUUUACUGUCUAAAAUAAAAUCCAAAAAUUAUUAGAUGCUAACUUCAGUAUCAUAUUUUUUUAUGUAAAAAAUUAAAAUACAUUAUCAUUAAAUUAUAAAUGAAGUAUUUAUUUAUUUGGAUUAAAUUAAAAAUUACAAGACAAAAAAAUAAUAAAUAAUAAAAUAUUGAAAUUGAAAUAGAAAUAAAAAAGUGAUUCCAUCGAAUUUAUCGCAACUAUUUUAAUAAAAAUAAAAACAUUAUGACGAAACCGUCUUCCGGAACAAUAAUAAUGAAUAUUUAUGUAGCCUAAUAAAAACGUACAUCGUAGAGUUGGUUAAUUAAUAAAUAAAAAUAAUGGUUGUAAGUUUAUAAAUAAUUAUAAUUAAUAUAAAUAAUUAAUAAACUUAAACCAUCGAUUUAAAUUUAUGAGGAGGAUUUAUAAAUUUGGCUUAGAUAGAAUUUUAAAAAUAAUAAAUAAAUAAAUUAAAUAUUUAUUAUAAUUAGCUUGCGGUGUUAUUAACAGUGUGCUGAGUUAAUUUUUUUUAGAUUUUGCUGUAUGACUAAGUACUGAAAGCGUCUGCUGAACUACCAGCCUUUGAGUGAAUAAAAAAUUUUAAAAAUAAAUAAUUUAUUAGAAGAAAAAAAAAAUUUUAACAGCAGACAAUUAAAUAAAUGAAGGGCUUUUAUCGUACAACAAUAUUCUAAAUAAAAUAAUUAUAAUUAACGUAAUUAAAUAAAAUAAUAAUUGUAUUUUAAUUAUAAUAUUUUGCUUAAUUGAUAAUUUUAGUAUUUCUUUAAUAUAAAUGUACGAUUACGUUAAUUAAAAUUAUUAAAAAAAAAAAAUUGAUACAAACGAGAUAGUAAAUGAAAUAUUUAUGAUAUUUAAAAUAUAAAUAAAUUUAAAGUAAUAGACCAUAACAAAUUUAAAUAAAUAAAAAUAAAUCGUUGGGGUUGUGGUAAUUUUCUAAAUUAAAAUCGAAUUAAUUUAUUCAAAAUAACAAUAAAAUAAAAUAUUUAAAUCAACAUCCAUAUCAUGAGCUUGGUAAUUUAAAUUUUGUAUUUGUAUACAAAUUUAUUAAAAAAGUAAAAAAAAAAAAUACGUAAAAUAAAAUGAAAGCAAUUGAGAAAAUGUUGAAUUUAUUUUUUAUUGAAUUAUAAAAAUACAUAAGUAAUUAAAUAAAUAUUAAUGUAUAUUAUUUUGGCUACUGUAUACAACUGACUGGCUAUCAAUAUAAUAAACUUACAAAAA